AUGCAUCACCACGACCAGGACGUGAAGUCUACCGUCAGCAAUGAUGAGAAGCUCGAGCACGUUAUCGCCGACGGCAAGCAUCACGACCCAAACUGGACGGGUGAGGGGGUCGAUAUCACCGACGUCGAUCCCCGCAGGACGCUCCGUAAGAUGGACCUGCGCCUGAUUCCCAUGCUGGCACUGCUGUAUCUUCUCUCCUUCCUCGACCGCGGGAACAUCGGCAACGCCAAAAUCGCCGGCAUGGAAAAGGACCUCAACCUGUCCGGAACGCAGUACAGCUUGUGCGCGACAGUUUUCUUCUUCACUUACUGCGCAUUUGAAAUACCGAGCAACCUGUUGCUCAAGAAGUUUCGACCUUCUGUGUGGUUGCCUGCGAUAAUGGUGGCCUGGGGUACCGUCAUGACGCUCAUGGGUCUCGUCCAGAACUACCAUGGUCUCUUGAUCGCUCGUAUCUUUCUGGGCGUGGCAGAGGCCGGGCUUUAUCCUGGUGUCGCAUAUUACCUUACCAUGUGGUACUGCACGGAUGAGCUUGCGUUCCGCCAAGGUCUAUUCUUCAGCGCCGCGAGCGUAGCGGGAGCCUUUUCAGGGCUUCUCGCAUACCUGAUUGCGAAGAUGGAUGGAGUUGGAGGCUAUGAAGGCUGGAGAUGGAUCUUCAUCCUCGAAGGACUGGUGACUGUCGUGGUGGCGAUUUUUGCUUUCUUCGCCCUGUACGACUUUCCGGACACAGCCUCCUUCUUGACCGUUGAAGAGAAGGCCUGGGUCGUGCAUCGGUUAAAAUACCAGGGGAGCAAAAAGAGUGGGAGAGCCGUUGCUGAGAGCGACCACUUCGAGUGGAAGUUCGUCACUCGGGCCCUUUGCGAUUGGCAAAUCUAUGUCAGCCUUUUCAUGUACUGGGGAGUCGUUUGUCCACUCUACGGAAUUUCAUUCUUCCUUCCGACAAUUAUCGCAGACUUGGGCUAUAAGUCAACGACGGCUCAGCUUCUCACAAUCCCGAUAUAUAUAACGGCAGCCAUUCUCGCCGUGGUCCUUUGCUGGAUGUCCGAUCGAGCUGUGAAGCGCGGAGCUGCUCGUUGGGUGUACGUCUUUGUGCCCAUGUGCACUAUUCUGGUUGGCUUCAUCAUGACGAUUGCUGCUUCUGCCGCUGGAGGUGUGCCCGGUGUGGUGUAUGCAGGCAUUUUCAUCGCCGUUUGUGGUAUCUAUCCUGCUUUCCCGCAGAACGUCACGUGGAUCGCGAACAACUUGGCUGGGAGCUACAAGAGAGCUGCCGGGAUGGCCAUGCAAAUCGGACUGGGUAACCUUGGCGGCGCUAUGGCAAGUAACUUCUACCGAGCAAAAGACAAGCCAAAGUUCAUACUUGGUCAUAGCCUGGAACUCGGCUUCGUAGUGAUGGGAUUGAUUGCAGUCCUGGUCCUGCGGAUCAGUUAUGGGCGCAUCAAUGCAAAGAGAGAGAGGACGGGCGAAGCACAUGGUCUAACAGACGCAGAGCUGGCUGAUUUGGGCGACAAAAGUCCGUCGUUCAGAUAUACGCUUUGA